AUGCGACGGUCUACAUCUCUCUACACCCUCGGUCUGUUGAUCGCCUCGACUUCCUCUUCCUUCGCCACGACCAUUGAACAGCUCGUCGAACAAUGGUCAGUCACCGAAGGCAAUUUUACAUUCCCGAUGCCUUCGCAGAGCUUGAUGAAGAGAGAAGACGCGGCUUCGUAUCUAUAUUCAGCAUGGGAUCUCAGCGGUAGGAUAUCUUGGGGAACGUCUGAUAUAUCCUUUGUGUCUGAUCCUGCUGGCUCGUCAAAUUCUACAAACGCAAGACGUCAAGUCGCGUCCACGACAACGACGAGCUACACUCAUCAUCAUCAUUCUUCUUCUUCUGUCCUUUCGCCAUCGUCUACUGCGGCGGCGGCUUCAGAGACGUCGUCUUCAGCCUCUUCGAGUACUUCAUCGUCCUCGACUUCUUCUUCCUCCUCCUCCUCCUCUGGAGAUACGGUCCUGCGUAUAGAAUACCCUCAAGGAUCAUAUUCUAACAAUACGGGCGGAACUCAAUUCAAUGCCAACCCGCUGAAUGGCACUUUUGAGAGGAUGAUCCUGGCAUACGAUAUCUACUUCUCGAGCGACUAUCAAUGGGUCCAAGGCGGUAAACUGCCAGGUCUCAAAGGUGGCCCGGAGACAUUCGGAUGCUCUGGAGGAAGCGAGACAGAUGGUACAGGUUGUUUCUCGACGCGUCUCAUGUGGCGUACGAAUGGAAUGGGCGAAGUGUACGCAUACAUUCCCACUAUGUCCAUCAAGAACUUUUGCUCAGAUACCGGCAUUAUCUGUAAUUCCGACUACGGUACAUCGCUCGACAGAGGCAGCUUUAGCUUUGUCAGCGGACAGUGGCAGACAAUCUACCUCGUCGUAGUGUUGAAUGAAGUCGGUGUCGCGAAUGGAGUCGUUCAACUCUACUACAAUGGAGUCCAAGCGAUGAACUUUCAAAAUCUCGAGUUGCGAUCUGCCUCCUCUCUCGCAGGUAUCAACGGCAUGUUCUUCUCGACCUUUUUCGGAGGAAGCGAUUCGACUUGGGCUACACCAACAGAGCAAUUCACCUACUUUAAGAACAUUCAACUGUAUGCUGGAUCAGGCGAAUCGACAGCAUCAGGUCAGAAGAUAGGAUCGGCCUCGUCUAUCUCUUCGCGAUUCUCAAUGUUGCCAGUGGUGACUGCUGUUGUCGCUGGUUGCUUCUUGACUCUCUUCCUGUGA